ACGAAACUCUCCAGUACAGCUAUGUCCCGUAUUAGUGAUUGAUUUGUUGAUCGAUUACAGUGUGUAUAAUAGCGUGUGAAGCAUGCGCUUCAAGUUAUAUUGUUUCUAAAACAUUUUACAACGAGUUGCGCCCUUGAAUCCCAGUCUUCUGAAUCGGCUCUGACACCAUGCUAGCCACAGUGACUGCUGUGGUUAGGUUUACUCAAUACAAUGGCAGUAGUUCACCCACACCACUGGAGAACACAUCAGCAUUCCCAACUUGGAAACCUGAUUCUGGAGCCAACAUCACCAAGCCUCACAAAUGUCUGCAAGUUCUGUAUGAAGACAUUGGAGACUCCAGGGUGCGGUUCUGGGACAUUUUACUGCUAGUGCCUAAUGUGGCCUUCUUUGUAUUCCUGAUGUGGAAGCUGCCCUCAGCCAGGGCAAAGAUUCGACUCACCUCUAGCCCCAUCUUCGUCACCUUUUACUUGCUGGUUUUUGUUGUAGCAGCAGUUGGAAUCACCCGGGCUAUAGUGUCCAUGACUGUCAGUGCAUCCAGUGCUGCCACCAUCAUAGACAAAGUGCUGUGGGAAAUCACCCGUUUCUUCUUGCUGGCUAUUGAGCUCAGUGUUAUCAUCUUGGGACUGGCUUUCGGUCACCUGGAGAGCAAGUCCAGUAUCAAGCGUGUGCUGGCCAUCACUGCUGUGCUGGCUCUGGCCUACUCCAUCACACAGGGCACACUAGAGAUCCUUUAUCCAGACAGUCACCUCUCCGCUGAGGACUUCAACAUCUACGGCCACGGAGGACGGCACUUCUGGUUGGCCAGUUCCUGCUUCUUCUUCCUGGUGUACUCUUUGAUUGUGAUCUUGCCUAAAACUCCACUGAGGGAGAGGAUAUCUCUGCCAUCUAAGAGGAGUUUCUAUGUGUAUGCUGCCAUCCUGUCUUUACUGAACCUUGUCCAGGGCCUGGGCAGCGCUCUGCUAUGCGCUGGAGUCAUAGAGGGACUCUGCUGUGUGGAUGUCACCACCUUCCUGUAUUUCUCCACAUUUGCUCCACUCAUCUAUGUCACAUUCCUAAAAGGCUUCUUUGGUUCAGAGCCCAAGAUCCUGUUCUCUUACAAGUCGCAGGUGGAUGAGCCGGACGAGAGCGACGUCCACCUUCCCCCCACUGUUGCUACAACACUUGGCCGUAAGGAGCUGACCGACCAGGGCCUGUUCUACUCUUCUACCCAGAUUGAUAGCACUGGUCCCGGCAGCUCUCGUAUGGUGGGAGCAUACCUGGAUGAUGUUGCCUCUGGACCCUAUGGGUCCAGUAGCAUUAACAACAUUGAAGCUGACCGCUGGAGACCUGUCAAUGCAUGAAAGGAUGAAGAGGAGAGUGGGAGAAGAGAUAGUUAUCCAGCUGGGCUUAAAUGUUGUGCAUGUGUAGUGUGUCAGGCAGGGUGAUGACCAGGGGAGUUGGCCAAAAACAUGCAGAGCGAAGUAGCGGGACAUCAAGGAAGGGUAAUCUUGGUCUUUCUUUGAGGCCACGAUAAAUGAACAAGUGGACACUUAAGGAGAGACCUUUGCUGGCCAAUUGUCUGGAAGACUGUGAAUUUAGCAACUGCUUUUGUAACACUGUUGCCAGAGUGCACUGCUGCUGUAGCUCCACGUCAGGAGUCCUGUCCCUCAUCCUGACCUCGACAGACUCCAAAUUGAUUCUGUUCCACAGGUUCUUAAAUGUGGGGGCUUACCGACUCGUCUCAGCACAUUUUCUGUCAUUCCAACAUCAACUGCUCAAUCCUCAGUGAUGAAGUUUUAGCCCCAUUUUAAGUACCCAAGUCUUAAAAAUCUAUCUAACAUUCUUUUGAUGACAACUGAACAUAUGUACAUUCCCACUACAGCCUUUGAGUAACAGCAUCUCUACUGACUUUAUCUGCUGCCUUGUAUUAGAUUUGUGACUCAACUGUCACUGUGCCUCUUUAUACAGGGCAAGGACUUGUGCUAAUUCAUUUUGAUAGGUGUACUUUUGUCUUCUGAAAUAGGUGCUGUCUGUCCUGUUAACAAGUGAACGGUGUUAGCGUGAUGUUUGUCACUGCAAUAUAAUAAGGAAAUCAUUAACUCCUAAAUACAGGCAUUGCAUUAGUUUUAAAGAUCGCAAACCAUCUGUAAGGCUCUUUUCUAGAGGCUGAGACACAAUUCCUGAACAAUUUAAAUGGCAUCUCUGGCAUAAGCUCUCCUCUUUACAUUUCUUCCCUCUUUUAUUUAUUUUCUGCUUUUGCUUUCAUUUCUUGCACCGGAUUACUCAUUCCUGCUACUGAGAGAACAUUUGUUGGCCUCAGAGUCAUUGAGGAAGUGUUACCAUUUUUUUGAUCUGAACAACAAAUGUGCAGAAACCAAUUUUGUGUAUUCCAGUUCAGACCUGCGCUCAUUUCCUAUCAGCAUAUCUAAUUCAGCUUUGCUCGCUGUAUAAGGGUGGCUGUUGCAAAGUUGAGUUUUGAGUAUUUUGCUGCUAACCUGUUUCCUGUGUUCAGAGUUUUCAUAAAUGUUAUUACAAGUGGUAAAAAUUGACCAAAAAAAUCAAUUUUAUAGUAUCAAAUGUUGGCAUUGAUACAGCUUCAUUAUAUAGAUGAUAACUUUUGAUUCCUUCUGAGCAAGAGAGGCUCAGGCAGUUAUGUCAGUGAUGGGUAAUUUUAAGACAAUAUCAAGGAUACAGCUAUGAGUGUUGCAGAGAAAAAUUCUAUUCUGAUUUAUUUCAGGCUUUGAGUUGUUUGCCUUUGCUUAACUCAUGAAAUCAUACUUGUCAUACACAGUAUUACUACAACAGCACACUUGAUUCUUUUGAAACCAUCUCGCAUUUACUUACGCCUACCAAGGAGAUAUGAUGGAUGCAGGUUUUCCCCUAAAAAUACUAUGUUUCGUAGGAAUGGAUUACUCCAUUUAAGAUAGCAGUAUUCAUAAAUAGUGGUGACCUGUAUGCAGAAAAUGUAGGGUUACAUUUAUUUUUUCACCAUUGUAAAGUAACAACACAGUAAAGAAGUGAGGUAUUUCCAAGGAAUUAAAGUAUUUGCCCAACUCAAAAUAUUUUAUAUUCAUAGUUGAGUGCUGGUGAACUCUGCUGUAUCACUUGGAGUUAAAAUAGUGAUUGGGAAAUCAGCUUGCUGUUGAUAACAUGAGUCCACAAGGUGCAUUGUUAUGCAAUUGAAGUGCUCUCUCUGCAUACACAAAAUGUGUGUUGGUGAAAUCAUUUUGCAAAUGACGUGUAAAUUGCCUUUUUAUUUAAGUGCAUUGAUUGUAUAAUAUUCAGCCUGUAUUAAUGCAAUGUGUUGAGCAUUCCAUGAACUACAGAAUAAACCAUGGACUUUCA